AUGAAACCAUUUAGCGGCACGGUCAGCAGCAUGGAUUGCAGUAAACUUAUUACGGAAAACCUAAAUCGUUUGUUUGCCAAUCGUGAACCUUGGCAAGUUGCCACAAUAACAGCCACAGCUGUAUUAAGCUCUGUCUGGUUAUGGAGUUUUAUUAAUCAGGAUGAAAGCAUUUACACCCGCGGUAAAAGACAAUUUUUCCGUUAUUUAAAAAAAGUUCCAGCCGUACGUCGUAAAAUCGAAUCGGAAUUAAGCAAAGCCAAUCAAGAUUUCGAAGGUGAAAUUGCCAAAUUGACUGGUACCCUCGAAUAUUGUUUGCAGCUACCCGAAAAUGGUUUGACCAAAGAAGAAAUCCUCAAAUUAAUGGAUGAACAUUUGAAAUUGGGCCACUAUGAUUGGCGUGAUGGACGUGUAUCGGGUGCCGUCUAUGGUUACAAAGAAGAUUUGGCUGAACUUGUGACAGCAGUCUAUGGUAAAGCAUCCUAUACAAAUCCUCUACAUCCUGAUAUUUUCCCCGGCGUUUGCAAAAUGGAAGCUGAGGUGGUGAAAAUGGCCUUGGCCCUGUUUCAGGGUGAUGAGAAAUGUUGUGGCACAAUGACCACCGGUGGCACCGAAUCCAUUGUUAUGGCCUGCAAAGCAUAUCGUGAUUAUGCCCGUGAACAUAAGGGUAUUACCCAGCCCAAUAUGGUUGUACCAAAAACCAUACACGCUGCCUUCGAUAAGGCUGGUCAAUAUUUCAAUAUUCAUGUGAAUUAUGUCGAUGUUGAUCCCAAAACCUUUGAGGUUGAUAUGAGGGCCUUUAAAAAGGCCAUCAAUAAAAAUACAAUUAUGCUUGCUGGCUCUGCUCCAAAUUUCCCCUAUGGCACUAUGGAUGAUAUUGAAGCCAUUGCUGAAUUGGGUUUGAAAUAUGACAUUCCUGUACAUGUUGAUGCUUGUUUGGGUAGUUUUGUUGUUGCCUUGGCCCGUACAGCUGGCUAUACAACCAAGCCGUUUAAUUUUGCGGUGAAAGGUGUUACCAGUAUUUCGGCGGAUACACACAAGUAUGGCUUUGCUCCCAAAGGUUCAUCAUUAGUAUUAUAUUCGGAUGUUAAAUAUUUGAAUCAUCAAUACACGGUCACCACUGACUGGCCCGGCGGUGUUUAUGGAUCACCUACCGUUAAUGGUAGCCGGGCUGGUGGUAUUAUUGCCGCCUGUUGGGCCACCAUGAUGAAUUUCGGUUUCAAUGGUUAUUUGGAGGCUACGAAACGUAUCUUGGAUACAUCACGUUAUGUGGAAAUGGCUCUACGUAAAAUUGAUGGCAUUUUCAUUUUCGGCAAACCUGCUACCUCUGUCAUUGCCAUGGGCUCAAAUGUAUUCGAUAUAUUCCGUUUGUCUGAUGCUCUGUGCAAAAAGGGUUGGAAUUUGAAUACACUGCAAUUCCCAUCAGGCAUUCACAUUUGUAUUACCGAUAUGCACACUGCACCCGGUGUUGCUGAUCGUUUUAUUGCCGAUGUUCGUGAAGCUGUUGGUGAAAUUAUGAAAGAUCCACAACAACCGGUCUCGGGUAAAAUGGCAUUAUACGGUAUGGCUCAAGCCAUUCCUGAUCGUUCGAUUGUUGGUGAAGUUACACGUUGCUAUAUCAACAGCAUGUAUUCCAUUCCAUCAAAGAAGAAGUGAAC